AUGGCUCCCAAGUUGCUCGCAGUCCAGCGCGCAGCUGAAUUGCAAGGACUGCCGCCGAACCGCCAGCCUCACAGCGUGCCCGUCCCCGGCACUGCCACUGAGAAUAGGACAGGCACCUACAGACAUUGGCGCUUCGUCGACCGGCCGCUGGAGACGCUGGACGAGACGGUCCAAACGCUGCACGAUGCAUUCGAGCAGUCCGCGAACAACAACCCUGGAAGCCGCUGCCUUGGCCACCGUCCCUACGAUCCUGUGACGAAAACGUACGGAGCAUACGUGUGGGAAGACUACGCGACGGUUCAGACGAGGAGGAGGAACUUCGGUGCUGGUCUGGUCAAGCUGUUCGAGGAAGCUGGCGUGUCACCGGUGCGCGGUACGGGUAUUGGCCUGUGGUGCCAGAACAGGCCGGAAUGGCAGAUAACCGAUCUGGCGGCAAUGUCGCAGGGAAUGUACACCGUCUCCAUUUACGACACUCUGGGCCCGGACACCACCGAGUACAUCAUAAACCACGCGGAGCUGCCGUGCGUCGCGACCUCGCUCAACCAUAUUGCGUCUCUUCUGAAGCUCAAGCCCCGCCUGCCCACGUUGAAGGUGAUCAUCUGCUUGGAUCCUCUUGACGCGGGCGAGAGACCGGGCGAGUCCAAGGGCGACCUUCUCAAUGCGAUUGCCGCUGAUCUCGGAGUCCGUAUUUUCUACCUGAGGGAUGUCGAGGCGCUUGGAGAGCAGAACCCGCGCGCCUACAACCCUCCUACUCCGGAUGACAUCAUCACCAUCAAUUACACCUCUGGAACGACUGGAAACCCCAAGGGUGUUGUCUUGACGCACAGGAAUGCAAUGGGAGCCACCAGUUCGUCCAUGACCAUCACGAACCAGACUGGUAAUGAUGUUAUGUGCUCGUUCUUGCCUCUUGCCCACAUUUUUGAGCGUGUUGGUGAGCAUGCUGCGCUCUGGGGUGGUUGUGCCAUCGGUUAUUUCCACGGAAACAUCCAGGAGCUGGUUGAUGACUUGAAGCUUUUGCGGCCCACCGUCUUCAGUGGAGUUCCUCGCCUGUACAACCGUUUUGGCGGCGCCGUCAAGGCUGCAACUGUCCAGGCGCCUGGUGUCAGGGGAGCGCUGUCAAGGCAUGUUGUGAGCACCAAAUUGGCUGCGCUGCAGGGCCCCAACCCCACCACCCAGCACUUCUUCUAUGACCGCAUUUGGUCGAAGAAGGCUGCCGCAGCGCUUGGUUUGGACAGGACGAAGACCAUGGUCACUGGCUCAGCACCAAUUGAUCCCUCGCUGCAGGAUUUCCUGCGCGUUGUCUGUGCGAAUGACUUCGUCCAAGGUUAUGGCUUGACCGAGACCUACGCUGCUUCUGUUGCGCAGCUUUCCGGCGAUCACUCUUCAGGAAACUGCGGUGCCGCCACCCCGUCUACCGAAUUCUGCCUGGAAUCCGUCCCGGAUAUGGAAUACCUCGUCACGGACACGCCCAGGCCGCGCGGCGAGAUCCUGUUGCGCGGUCCCACGCGUUUCCGCGAGUACUUCCGCAACCCGGAGGAGACGGCCAAGACGAUCGACGAGGAUGGGUGGUUCCACACGGGCGACAUCGGCGAGAUCGACGAGCUGGGCCGGCUCAAGAUCAUCGACCGCCGCAAGAACGUGCUCAAGCUGGCGCAGGGCGAGUACAUCUCGCCCGAGCGCAUCGAGAACGUCUACCUGGCCAGCUGCAACUGGCUGGCCACGGCCUACGUCCACGGCGACUCGCACCAGGCCUGCCUGGUCGGCCUGUUCGGCAUCCAGCCCGACCAGUUCGCCACCUUCGCCGGAAAGGUCCUCGGCAAGAGCAUCGGGCAGACAGACGUCGCGGCGCUCAAGGAGGCGGCCGAGAACCCGAAGGUGCGCGCCGCGGCGCUGAAGGAGCUGGACAAGGCGGGCAAGAAGGCCAAGUUCAACAGCUACGAGAAGGUCAAGGCGAUCCGGCUGCUGAUUGAUCCGUUUACGAUUGAGAACGAGCUUUUGACGCCGACGCUCAAGCUCAAGCGUCCGCAGACGGCGAAGAAGUAUCGCGACCUCAUCGAUGCGUGCUACGAGGAGGCUCUGGCGGAGCCUCCGAAGGCGAAGCUGUAA